ACCGGGUCUCAGGACUUGCAGGUUGGUUGUAGCAGUUGGGUUCGUUAGGCAUCCCAAAAUGGCUCUCUCUGUUUCUUUCACCUCUUUCUCGACUCUGAUCCUCCUCUGUUUCUUCGCCUCACUGUUUCCCGGCAAUGCCUUUCCAUCCCAACUGUACCAUCACCCCAACCACCGUCGCUUUGCCAGUCACAACUACAGGGACGCACUUACCAAAUCGAUCCUCUUUUUUGAAGGACAAAGAUCAGGGAAGCUUCCUUCUAACCAGAGGCUUUCAUGGAGGAGAGACUCCGGUCUCUCUGAUGGCUCGGCCAUGCAUGUUGAUCUGGUGGGAGGAUAUUACGAUGCAGGGGACAAUGUGAAGUUUGGGUUUCCCAUGGCUUUCACGACUACCAUGCUUUCAUGGAGUGUUCUCGAGUUUGGUGGAUUGAUGCAGGGCGAGUUGCAGAACGCAAGGGUGGCCAUUCGUUGGGCUACUGAUUACCUUCUCAAAGCCACUUCUCAUCCUAAUACCAUUUAUGUUCAGGUUGGUGAUGCUAACAAGGACCAUUCUUGUUGGGAAAGACCAGAGGACAUGGAUACUCCGAGAAGUGUUUUCAAGAUUGACAAGAACACCCCGGGUUCCGACGUAGCUGCAGAAACUGCUGCUGCUCUUGCAUCUGCUUCUUUGAUCUUCAGAAAAUCUGACCCAUCUUACUCCAGGCUUCUCCUAACAAGAGCCAUCAGGGUGUUUGCUUUCGCUAACAAGUACAGAGGUUCCUACAGCAAUGGAUUAAAACCAUACGUCUGCCCUUUCUACUGCUCUUAUUCGGGUUACCAGGAUGAGCUGUUGUGGGGAGCUGCCUGGUUGCACAAAGCUACCCGAAACCCUGCUUAUUUGAACUAUAUUCAAGUGAAUGGACAGAGCCUUGGAGCAGACGAGUCUGACAAUGUAUUUGGAUGGGAUAAUAAACAUGCUGGUGCAAGGAUUCUUCUCUCCAAGGCCUUCCUUGUCCAGAAGGUGCAAGUCCUCCAUGAUUACAAGGGUCAUGCUGAUAACUACAUAUGUUCUCUCAUACCAGGGAACCCAUUCUCUCAAGCUCAAUAUACCCCAGGGGGGCUUCUGUUCAGGAUGAAUGACAGUAAUAUGCAGUAUGUGACUUCCACUUCGUUCCUCCUAUUAACUUAUGCCAAGUACUUAACCACUGCCCACAAGGUCGUCACCUGCGGUGGAAUGACAGUCACCCCAAAGAGGCUCCGGGCUAUUGCUAAGAAACAGGUAGACUAUCUGCUGGGAGACAACCCACUGAAGAUGUCCUACAUGGUGGGGUACGGAGGGAGAUACCCACAGAGGAUACACCACAGGGGCUCAUCACUGCCGUCCAUCGCCGUUCACCCAGCCAAGAUCCAAUGCUCUUCCGGGUUCAGUGCCAUGAAGUCCCCAUCCCCAAAUCCCAACAUCCUUGUGGGAGCAGUGGUCGGAGGGCCAGACCAGCACGACCGAUUCCCCGAUCAGCGGCCCGACUACGAGCAAUCAGAGCCUGCAACUUACAUCAAUGCACCUCUAGUGGGUGCACUUGCGUAUCUUGCCCAUUCCUCCGGCCAGCUCUGACUGAAGUCGUCUCGAUCUCUAAAUUCUCAAGCUUUUUUAAGUUUUAACAUAACACCACCAAUGACCAAACAAAUCAAAGGCCCAAGGCCUUUUAUUGUAGAUUUGUUGUUUGUUUUAUUUUAGAAUUUAGAUUUGUUUAAUUUAAACGAUGUUGUAUUGAAUUGUUCCUGUGGAAUGUGGAAUCUAGACGAUUAGCCCCCUCAACAAGCAAAUAUCUUAUCUAACCAAGCAAAGGAUUUCUUCUCA